AUGGGCGAAGAAAGCUAUCGCGAGGUACUCAAUUCUGAGCGCGGAAAGGUUCUCCCAGAUCAUCACCCCGUUACACGGACGGUAGAUCGAGUUCUACAACGAUUAAUUCCACAGGCACCUCUAGAGGGUGCUGAUUGGAAAGUCCAUGUGAUUAAGGAUGAUAAAAUGGCGAAUGCAUUCGUGCUUCCAGGAGGCAAAGUCUUUGUCUACACGGGGAUUCUUCCUAUUUGCGGAGAUGAAGAUGGCCUUGCGGCUGUUUUAGGUCAUGAGAUCGCGCAUGUUAUAGCGCAUCAUCCGGCUGAGAGAAUGAGUAACAGUGUCCUUACUUUAGGAGCUGUAUUCUUAAUUUCGGCUUUGUUUGAUGUUUCCGGGCAACUUUCUUCAUUUGUGAUGAAUCUUAUGUGGAGUUUGCCUAAUUCACGGACGCAGGAGGCUGAGGCUGACAACAUUGGUUUGAUGAUGAUGUCCAAAGCUUGCUUCAACCCUGAAGCUGCUGUUAAAUUAUGGCAGCGAAUGCAGAAACAGGAGGUGGCUCAACCCCAAUUUAUGUCCACUCAUCCCUCGAGCUACAACCGUGAAGAAGCUAUCCGUGGCUGGCUUGAAAAAGCUGAAACUAUCUACGCAGACAGCGGAUGCAGCUCUCUGGGUGGCUACAUGCCCGGGUUUCACAGUGCGUACCGUUCGCAAACCAACUUUUAG